AACCGCGCGCUCAGUCUAAACGCGGAAGUGUAAUAGUUUGACACAUGCAAGUCUAAUAUCUGCAACUAACUCAAUUAUCGAAGGUUCUAGAGCUUUGACAGAUACAGAAUAUUUUGAGGAAUCAUGCAGGACCCAAAUGCAGACACAGAAUGGAAUGAUGUGUUGCGGGCAAAGGGAAUUUUGCCGCCAAAGGAAGAGAAAGAAAUCACAGAAGAUGAUCUAGUGGCUAUGGUGGAAAACACGAUUGAGAACAAGUCAAAAGGCAAGGACAUGGCAGACAUGGGGCUUGAUGAAUUAGAUGAGAUGGAGGAUGAUAUAGAUGAAGAAGAUGAGAGAAUGUUUGAACAAUAUAGACGUCAACGUAUGGCAGAAAUGCGGGAAACCCAACAGAGGUCAAAGUUCGGGGAGGUGCGAGAAAUAUCAAAGGCUGACUGGGUCACGGAAGUGAACAAGGCAGGGGAAGGGAUCUGGGUCAUCGUACAUGUGUUUAAAGACGGGAUUCCACUGUGUAAACUUAUGAACCAGCAUUUAGCAAACUUGGCAAGAAAGUUCCCCCAGACAAAAUUCUUACGAAGUGUAUCGUCAUUGUGUAUACCAAACUAUCCAGACAAAAACUUGCCAACAGUAUUUGUGUACCUAGAAGGUGAUAUGAAGAAACAGUUUGUUGGACCUCUUGCAUUUGGAGGGAUGAACAUAAAACAAGAUGAGUUAGAGUGGAUGUUGUCCCAAACUGGCGCCAUUGCCACAGAUUUGGAAGAGGCUCCUCGACCCGCGGUCAAGGACGUUAUGAACAUUGCCAUUCGGGAAAGUGCAAUUAACGGGGAUGAUAGUGACGAUGACUAUUGAGAAAUCAGUCGGAUGAUAACAUGGAAUUUAUUGCUUCAAGAAUGCUGAUGAAAGCAUUGAACAAAUGUUAGUUUGCAGUGGAUUAACUUACUGUACAAGAAAAUGCCCAAUUUAAGAUUUGAAAAAAAAAUCUUGUGAAAAUGGGCAAACAAUGGCAGCAUGCUACUCAUGUAUUAAAUGUUGUAUUCACUCUGUCAUUAAUACAAAUUUCUUAGGGCUAUUCCAUUUGAACAUAUAACCCCCGGGGGGGGGGGGGCACUUUUGAAUUAAGCCACCCCCCCUACAGAAGCAAAUUUACCCUUUUUGGGUCCAAAUUAGUGAUAAAGACACCCACCUUUAUACUAUUAAAAUAAUUGCCUUCCCCCUGGGGGUUAUAAGUUUUACUGGGAUAGCCCUUAACUACAAUACCUCCGACCAAAAAAAAUGGUUGGGCCAUAACAUUGAAGGAAUAACUGUUUAGGAGUGGCCAAACUUUUUUUAUUAUAUUGUUUUAUAAUAUUACAAGACCAGAUUUGAGUAGAGAAGGCUCAAGCUAUCAGGCAGAGGUUUUCAAACCCUUUUAGUUCAAUGCUGUUACUGUUAUCGUAAUGCAUUAUAAGAAGUGGAUUUCAUACAGAUUGUAAUAGGAUGUCAGUUUGAAUAUACAUGUACCAUACAAAUUAUUUUGAAUUAUUCAUCUAAAAAUACUGGUAUGCAGUAUGCUUCUAUAGGGCAUUUAUACCCCAACUGAGGCUAAUGGAUAUGUAAAACUGUACAAAAACUGCAUAAUAAGGAAGUUAUCUAUGAAUUAUUUAAUUAAGUAUCCUUGUCCAAGUAAGAGACAUAGAUUAGACUCUUGAAUGUCUAAAUUUUACUUACUUGUACACAAUCAUGUUCUUCAUGAAUUUAUAAAUACUAGGUAUUCUUCAGAAGUUCUCAUGUCGGAAAUGCAUGUACUAUUUAUAAAGAAUAUUAUCUGCAUGUGAUUUACUUUCUCUUAUUUCUGAGAAACACCAGGUUAAUUUUUUAAUCACUCUUACUUUACAUACAUAAAAUGAGUCGUAUCAUGAUGUUCUGGUUUUUCAUGUGUUUCAAUUUAGGUAUUUAAUGUUGAAUUCAGUACAACAUGACAUUUAACCAAAUUGCUCUUUUUAUCACAUUUUUUUAUAUUAUUGAAUUUGAAGUUGGACUUCUUUAAUUAUCACCAUAAUAAACUCCUCAAAAUA